UCUCCGGCUUCGCCUCCGCUGGCUCCGCAACCGCGCAGGCACGCACGGCCGUAGAGAUCGUCGCGCUCGCACGCAACCCCGGCCAGCGGCAAACGCAGUGAACCCCCCCCCUCUCCCCCGGCUACGCGCUCCGUUUGCGCGGCGGCGAUGUCGGCGCAGUCCAUCUCCCCCGCGGCCCCGUCCUACUUCCCCGUCCCGUUCCACCUCCAGAAUGUGGUGCAGCUCGCCUGGCCGGCGGCGCCAGCGUACAACGCUGUCUACCCCUUGCCCCAAGUCCAAGUCCCGCAGGUGCAACAACUGUUCCAGAAAGAUGCGCAGAUAAUCACUCCUGAGGCUCUAGCUACUGUGAAGGCUGCUAUCGCAAAUAGUGAGAAAGACAAGAAGAUUGAAGAAAAGAAAAAUGCAGUACCUCGAAAGGCAGCUGGGCAAUCUUGGGAGGAUCCAACAUUGGCUGACUGGCCUGAAAAUGAUUUCCGUUUGUUUUGUGGUGAUCUUGGAAAUGAAGUGAAUGAUGAUGUUCUUACAAAGGCGUUUUCAAAAUAUCCGUCCUUCAACAUGGCAAGGGUUAUUAGGGACAAGUGGACGGGUAAAACUAAAGGCUACGGAUUUGUUAGUUUUGCAAAUGCAUCAGAUCUUGCUGCAGCAUUGAAAGAGAUGAAUGGUAAAUAUGUUGGAAAUAGGCCAAUCAAACUACGCAAGAGCACAUGGAAAACCAGAAUAGACUAUGAAGCAUUACAGAAGCCAAAGACUCCACCACAGAAGAAGUUCAAAGCGCAGAAAAGAGGCGUUCUACACAAGUGAAGCAAAUUCACUCUAUUAGAAUGUGAUCCCAGUAUCAUAUUUUACGUGUGCGCUUUGCUGCUUCUUUACUAACGGACGUUCAAACCUGCGGCGAUCGUCAGUGCAUGUGACACGUUUGGCCUAGUGAUUGCUGUAGUGGAGUAAGGCUCAUUCCAAUUCGUAAUGGAGAUUUUCGGUGUAUGUAAAUAUUCGAAUGACUCAGUGACUGGCACCGGUUAUGAACAUUAUGAAGUUCUCUUAAGACGAACUCGUGGAGUUUAUUUAUAAAUAUUUGCUUCACA